AUGGGCUCCACAGUCGUCCGUUGUCUUUUGAUCUGCAUCGUUGCAGCAGUCUUGGCUGUGACCCAAGAGGAAAAGGUUUUCGAUCUUGGACAACUCAGUCAAUAUCAAGGAAAUGGAAAACUUCCAGAUCUCAGUGGUAAAGUGAUCUGGAUGUCGGGCAAAGAGGGUGCAGGGUUCCAUGUUGCCUUGUCACCUGAUGCUCAGGACGAAGUCCGGAAGACGUUGAUCGGUUGCGAAAAGACUGAUGACAAGUGCUACCAAGAGGUACGAGAGGUAAUUCAAUCGGCCAACUUUGCAAUCGACGCCGAGAUUGAACGUCGCCACUUUGGGCAUUUCCUCUCCAAGACAUUCAAGUCAAAGGGCUCCGCGUUCACAACAAUUGCUAUGUUGCUCCUUUCGGCCUGGAGCUUCAAGCAUCCCGAGCAGCCAAGCAUUCAAUUUGCGGACCAUAUAAUUCCUGAUACAACGGCUAGUAGCGCGGCUGGUCUUGCGGACACGAAAACGAUUGUCUUAUCUGCAGAAGGGAAGGGCGUUGCUACACUUACCCCUGUGCCAGAUCCAACCAGACCAGAAGGUACUGCCACACCUUUUAUCACGCCAAUUGCCACCGCUACUGCUGGCUAUACCCCAGGGGAUCUGAUGGUCACCAUGGACGAAGGACUAGCGAAGUGGCUGGAAGAAAUUAUACGAAGGUCUACCGACUGCCUUGAUGGCAGGCAGUUUGACAGUGACGCCAAUGGUAAACGCGCUGCUCAGUUCGGAUCCGCCAUAUGUGGUGCUCAAGGGGCCAUUGGCAUGGCAACGCCUGGUGGCCCACUGGACGACCUCCUUCUCAUGAAUCCCCCAACCUUACCUUUCACCGCUGGAAAUGUCGCCAAUGCCGCCCAUGUGGUCACGAAUUUCGUCAGAGAUUUCGCCCCGCUGAUGAAUGUCGGAGAAGGCGUCGCUCAGGGCAUUGGCGAAGUUGUCUUCAUGAUGGCUUACAACACCCUCAUUGAAAAUCUACCUCUGGGGGACAAGAAUCCGAUCAAGCAAGAGCUAUUGUCGGGCACUAUCACCACACCGCCCGCCUCAGCCACAGCAACUACUAUGUCUAGAUGUUCACGAAGCACUGCAUGUGAGGCGUCGUGUGAGGGCGUUGGCAUUAUGUUUCAAUAUUGCGAAACAUCGUGUGGAGCCGUGUCCGGAUGCCGAACGGGUACAGGGAGUCAGACAUCAACGCCCAUUACAACAGUAACGACGAAGGCGUGGAUACCUCCACCAGCAGAGACUGGAGUCCCGACAACGACUUUGACCCCAUCUGCCAACCCAAGAUCAAAGUACAAUGUGGCAGCAAAGUUCUGCCAGGAAGUCGACGCCCUGGCUUCACAAGCGUUUUCAUGGGUUGUCGACAUAAGUGGCAACAAUCAGGAAGCCAAGCUGCAGGCCCGAACUCCGCCAGUCACACUCGACCCGUACCAGGGCUACAUCGUGAAUCUCGAUUGGAAGCCAAACAUGGUAUUUGACGCAGGCUCUUGCCAGAAAAGCUGCCUAGACGCAUAUAAAACAGUUGCGAACACAUGCGGGCACACGGGAGGCGAAGGCAACAUCAUGGCCGAAAAGGGCCAAUACGAUGCUGGCUGCGGGACGUACUCGUACCAAAUCACCAACACGGCCCCUCGCAAAGGCGAACUGCGUUGCAACAGCGAGGGUGACUUUCCGAAGCACAAAGAUGUCCACGAAGUGACAGUCAAGCAGGGACUCAAGGCUAUGUGCAAUGAGGUCUUACCUGAUGUCGUGACACCCGGACAUGGGGCAAUAACCCGGAUCUACUACUCGAAGUAUUUUAAUGCCGCGAAGUUGAAGUAUACCGUGGCUUGGAGAGAACAGUGCUCGCCUGCCGUAACGGAGCAGAAUCCCAAGGAACCUUGGGGUGGGGGUACAAUUGGAUGUCGCCAAUUAUUCUACCAACUUUGGACCGAUUGUAUCAAUGGAGGUGUUGCUGGAACGCGCGAUAUUGGGUGUUUGACAUACUCCUUGAGUCCUACGGAGGAGUGA